CCGUUAUCUUUUCUGACGUAGCGGAGCUCGACGUGAACUGUCAACACGGACCUCUGACAAACCCAGAGCCUCUCUCUCUCUCUCUCUCUCGACCAUUGGAGAAGAUGUUAAAGAAGGGCGACACUCCCCACGCCACCCGGGAAUAAAUCCUUUUAAUUGUAGCGUUUUAGCGACUGUGGUCACUUCAGAUUCAGGCAGAGGGAUGCCGGUGGAGAGCGGGAGUAGUGCAGCGGCUCGUCAGGCCAAGCAGAAGAGGAAGUCCCACAGCCUGUCGAUCCGCAGGACCAACAGCACCGAGCAGGAUCGCUCCGGCCUCCAGAGGGACAUGCUGGAGGGACAGGACUCCAAACUGCCUCUGUCUCUGCGGAGCAAUCUGCUGGACCUGUUCAGUCAGAUCGAGAGGGAGUUUGAAAACCUCUACAUAGAAAACCUGGAGUUGCGCAGAGAAAUCGAAACGCUGAAUGAUCGUUUGACUGCAGACGGGCAGACCUUCGAAGGGGCAGAUUUAGCCAAAGGAGCGCUGAAAACAAAAGCGAGCCACAGCACGAGCCAGCUGUCACAAAAACUAAAGACGACCUACAAGGCCUCAACAAGCAAGAUUGUGUCCAGUUUCAAAGCGACCACGUCCAGAGCCGUGUGCCAGCUGGUCAGAGAGUAUGUCGGCCACAGAGACGGCAUCUGGGACCUCAGCGUCACCAGGACACAACCCGUGGUGCUCGGCACGGCAUCUGCAGAUCACACCGCCAUGCUGUGGAGCAUUGAGACCGGGAAGUGCCUCCUCAAAUAUUUGGGCCACCAAGGAUCAGUCAACUCCAUCAAGUUCCACCCGACUGAACAGAUGGCUCUAACAGCCUCUGGAGAUCAGACAGCUCACAUCUGGAGGUACAUGGUUCAGCUGCCGACUCCACAGCCUGUCGCUGAUAUCGCUCAGACUCCCUGUGAAGACGACGUCGACUUUUCCGAUAAGGACGAGGCCGACGGCGAGGUGGAGGGUCCAAACGACUGUCCUUCAGUCCGAGUGGCCACCACGACCCUGCGCAGCCACCAGGGAGUGGUGAUUGCUGCUGAUUGGCUGGUGGGGGGCAAACAGGUCGUGACGGCCUCCUGGGAUCGAGCCGCCAACCUGUACGAUGUGGAGACCUCAGAGCUGGUCCACUCCCUCACUGGUCAUGACCAGGAGCUGACCCACUGCUGCACACACCCCACCCAGCGCCUGGUGGUCACCUCAUCCAGAGACACCACCUUCAGACUGUGGGACUUCAGAGACCCGUCCAUCCACUCCGUCAACGUGUUCCAGGGACACACAGACACGGUGACGUCCGCUGUGUUCACGGUGGGAGACAACGUGGUGUCUGGGAGCGACGAUCGAACCGUCAAAGUGUGGGACCUGAAGAAUAUGAGGUCGCCCAUAGCAACCAUCCGCACUGACUCCGCUGUCAACAGGAUCAGCGUGUCAGUGAACCAGAAAAUCAUCGCUCUUCCUCACGACAAUCGGCAGGUCCGGCUGUUCGACAUGUCCGGAGUGCGACUGGCUCGCCUCCCGCGAAGCAACAGACAGGGUCACCGGCGUAUGGUGUGCUGCUCCGCCUGGUGUGAAGACAAUACCUCCUGCAACCUUUUCACCUGCGGCUUCGACCGGCAGGCCAUCGGCUGGAACAUCAACAUCCCCGCCCUGCUGCAAGAGAAAUGACCUCCACCUCCUGCGACGACGACGACUGGCACCUUACAGUGAAACUCCACCCGGAGUCUGUCUUUGGAGCAUCACUCACUCACAUCCUGCAGCCUUAAAAGGUGGCUUUAAAGACUUCAGUUUCAUGCUUCUUUUAGUCUGUCGUGUUUUAACCAGUGUUGUCUGACAAACGACGGAUGAAAGUUAAAAAUAGCAGACGCUAAACUGCCGAUCUUUUGAGCCCACAUGAGGUCAGAAUCUGACACUUUAAACUCAUCGAGGUCCGGCCUCCUCAGACUGGGCCUGCACUCCUGCAUCUUUCACACUCUGUAUCUCACCACCACUGUGUAUCACACACACACACAUAGCGCGGUGUACUGGUGAGGAGAAAGCACAAAGAUGCAACAGAGGACUUUCUUUGUCUUUUUUGUAAGAAUCUUAAAAAGCACAACUCAUUUCUCUAAAGCAGAGGAGUUCAGCUUCUAACUCACUACUUUAAAAAAAAAUGUGUGUGUUUACUUAUUUGUACUACGAUCCUUUUCAGCGUCUGCUUUACUUUAUUUCCUGAUUUCUCUGAUUGGUGGUCAAAAUGUCAGCACUUAAAAGAAGCUCUGACUUUUUGAUUUUUAGGAACUUUAAUCGUUGUUUUAGGUAGAGCUUUUUAAAUUAUUAUUAUUAAGAGUAGGUUCUUUCCUUAUAAAUUUAAUUCCCGAAAUGUUUGUUUGUUUUGCACCUGAGACUUGGAGCUGAACACCUGUGAUACAUGUUAGACUAUAUAACAUAUAUCGAGGGCUCGUUGGACAGUUAACCCUUUCACUCAUCACUUGAUCAGCUCUUUCAGUUCAGCUCCGUGUUUGUACAUUCAGAAGUCUGUUAGAGACAGUUAUGCACCUUUUUUAAACACACAAAUAUCUGUUACAUUUUGUCAUUUUGCUCCGAUUUAAAAAGUCUUUAAAGAUAUUUUUAUUGUCAACACAGAACGGUCAAAUGACCCCACAUCUUAGUGCAUUAUUGUCCCAGGGUGAUACACUUUGACACUAAACCCAAAGACCUAAAGCGGCUCCUUUAUUCUCAUCUGUAGUAAAAAGUCAAAGUUGCUUCGGCUCUGUGUCCCACCUAGCGUAUUUUUUCUGAGCGCCAGCGUCUUUUCUCAACUGUUUUCAAUGAGGUGAGAGCGUUUGCAGCAGCAGGCGACCACCCGGAGUUGUCUUUUUGUGCGGCUGCUCCGAGCGCUCAAGUUGAAAAUCUUUCAACUUUUCAGAAAGGUGCUGUUGACGUCACCGGCGCUCUUUUCCAAAUUGUAUGAUAUUCUCCCGUAGUUUCUCCACCUACAGAUCGUGUCUUGUACCCACAUGGUCUUUGCUC